CAUUCACAUAUAUCUUUCUAUAAUAACACCCCAUCUUUCCUCCUCUUCACCACAAUAUUAUAGCUUCAUCGAUCAUCCAUGGCUGGUUUCGCCGCCGGUUCCCGAAACGCCGUCGAAGGUGGUGGUGCUGCUGCCGAGAUGAGUCGACAAGGAGGUGGGUCGAGAUCAAGUACGUGCGGAGUGUGUGGCGAUGAGAUUGGAUACAAAGAAAAUGGAGAGCUCUUCGCCGCCUGCCAUGUCUGCAACUUCCCCGUUUGUCGACCUUGUUACGAUUACGAGAGGAGUGACGGUAACCAGUCCUGCCCUCACUGCAACACUCGUUACAAGCGUCACAAAGGUUGUCCAAGAGUAGCUGGAGACGACGAUGAAAGCUUGGACGGUGAAGAUAUUGAAGAUGAGUUCAGGAAAAACAUUUAUGCUCGUCAGGAAGAUUCUGAUGAUCAUAAGCUAGUUAAUCACUUCGCUAGUUCGGAUACUGAAGACAACAAUAAUAAUAGUAAUGAUAAAAAGCAAUGGAAUGCUCAAGCCUUGUCUGUUGCAGGAAGUGUGAUUGCUGGUAAGGAGUUUGAAGGAGAAAGAGAAGGUUACACUAACGAUGAGUGGAAAGACAGAGUAGAAAAAUGGAAGGUUAAACAAGAAAGGAGAGGUAAUCUUCUCAACAAUGACGAUGCUAACAAUGAUCAAGAGGUUGACGAUGACUACCUAUUGGCCGAAGCUCGACAACCACUGUGGAGAAAAAUUCCAGUCUCAUCGAGCUUAAUCAGUCCUUACCGUAUAGUCAUCGUUCUCCGUCUCUUGAUUCUCUGCUUCUUCUUCCGAUUUCGGAUCUUGACUCCGGCUUGGGACGCUUUUCCAUUGUGGUUGAUUUCUGUGAUAUGCGAGAUCUGGUUCGCCUUCUCUUGGAUUCUCGAUCAGUUUCCCAAAUGGAACCCUAUUACUCGCGAGACCUACUUGGACCGCCUCUCGAUUCGGUUCGAGCGCGAAGGCGAGCCCAAUCGACUCGCUCCCGUCGACGUCUUCGUCAGUUCGGUCGAUCCUCUCAAGGAGCCUCCGAUCAUUACGGCCAACACGGUUCUUUCCAUCUUGGCUGCCGAUUACCCAGUUGAUAAGCUUUGCGCUUAUGUAUCGGACGACGGUGCUUCCAUGCUGCUUUUCGAUUCGCUGGCUGAGACGGCUGAGUUUGCUAGGAGAUGGGUUCCUUUUUGUAAGAAGCAUAAUGUUGAGCCCAGAGCACCUGAGUUUUACUUCUCUGAGAAGAUUGAUUACUUGAGGGAUAAGGUUCAUCCUAGCUUUGUUAAGGAAAGGAGAGCAAUGAAGAGAGAAUAUGAGGAGUUCAAGGUUAGGAUUAAUGCAUUGGUGGCUAAAGCUCUGAAGAAACCAGAAGAAGGGUGGGUGAUGCAGGAUGGUUCUCCAUGGCCUGGAAACAUUACUCGUGAUCAUCCCGGAAUGAUUCAGGUUUGGCUGGGAAGCGGUGGUGCACUAGAUGUUGAAGGUAAGGAACUGCCGCGUCUUGUGUAUAUCUCUCGUGAGAAACGCCCCGGCUAUCAACAUCAUAAGAAAGCAGGUGCCAUGAACGCUCUGGUUCGAGUUUCAGCUGUGCUGACAAAUGCUCCGUUCAUGUUGAAUCUGGAUUGUGAUCACUACCUUAACAACAGCAAGGCCGUGAGGGAAGCUAUGUGCUUUCUAAUGGAUCCUCAGUUGGGAAAGAAGCUUUGUUAUGUUCAAUUUCCUCAAAGGUUUGACGGUAUUGAUCGUCAUGAUAGAUAUGCCAAUAGAAACACCGUGUUCUUUGAUAUCAACAUGAAAGGUCUUGAUGGGAUCCAAGGACCAGUGUACGUUGGUACUGGAUGUGUCUUCAAUAGGCAGGCUUUGUACGGCUAUGAUCCUCCGGUGUCUGAAAAAAGGCCAAAGAUGACAUGUGACUGCUGGCCUUCAUGGUGCUGCUGCUGUUGUGGUGGUUCAAGAAAGAAGUUGAAGUCGAAGACUAAGAAGAAGGGGUUGUCAAGCUUGCUUGGGGGAUUAUACAAGAAGAAAAAGAUGGGAAAGAGUUAUGUGAAGAAGGGGAGCGAAAACAUGUUUGAUCUUGAAGAAAUUGAAGAAGGGCUUGAGGGUUAUGAAGAGUUGGAGAAAUCAUCGCUCAUGUCACAGAAAAAUUUCGAGAAACGAUUCGGACAAUCACCUGUUUUCAUAGCCUCCACUCUUAUGGAAGACGGUGGCCUUCCAGAAGGGACAAAUAGCACAACACUUAUCAAGGAGGCCAUCCAUGUUAUAAGUUGUGGCUAUGAGGAGAAAACUGAAUGGGGCAAAGAGAUUGGAUGGAUUUACGGUUCAGUCACUGAAGAUAUUCUGACAGGCUUCAAGAUGCAUUGUAGAGGAUGGAAAUCAGUGUACUGCAUGCCAAAGAGAGCAGCUUUCAAGGGAUCAGCUCCUAUAAAUCUAUCAGAUCGGUUGCAUCAAGUUCUGAGAUGGGCUCUUGGUUCAGUCGAAAUCUUUCUUAGUCGUCACUGCCCCUUAUGGUAUGGCUGGGGAGGAAAACUAAAAUUGCUCGAAAGACUUGCUUACACCAACACCAUUGUCUACCCUUGGACUUCCAUCCCUUUAAUUGCCUACUGCACCAUUCCUGCUAUCUGUCUUCUGACCGGAAAAUUCAUCAUCCCAACGCUUAACAAUCUUGCUAGCAUAUGGUUCUUGGCUCUUUUCCUUUCCAUCAUUGCCACUGGCGUUCUUGAGCUCCGAUGGAGUGGUGUCAGCAUCGAGGACUGGUGGCGUAAUGAGCAAUUCUGGGUCAUUGGUGGUGUCUCUGCUCAUCUUUUUGCUGUCUUCCAAGGCCUCCUCAAAGUCCUGGCUGGAGUUGACACCAAUUUUACAGUGACAUCAAAGGCAGCCGAUGACGCUGAGUUUGGGGAGCUCUACCUCUUCAAAUGGACCACUCUACUUAUCCCACCAACCACCCUUAUAAUAAUAAAUAUGGUGGGAGUUGUUGCUGGAGUUUCUGAUGCCAUUAACAAUGGCUAUGGUUCAUGGGGUCCUCUGUUCGGGAAGCUGUUUUUCGCCUUCUGGGUCAUUCUCCAUCUCUACCCCUUCCUUAAAGGUUUGAUGGGAAGACAAAACAGAACUCCCACCAUUGUUGUGCUUUGGUCGAUUCUUAUGGCUUCAAUCUUCUCAUUGAUUUGGGUUCGAAUCGAUCCAUUCUUGCCUAAGCAAACUGGACCAAUACUCAAACAAUGUGGGGUGGAGUGCUAGACCUUCCUCUUCGAUGAAUUUGUGUGCAGUUAUUUUCCAUGACACCUUUUCUUGUACAAGUAUUUGAUUUGUUAAUAAGUUUCCAAGAGUGACUUGAGCAUAUGUAGCUAGGAAUACUGAAAAUAUAUUGGAACUACAUAUAACUAUGUAUCUCAACCAGAACUGUUAUGAAAUUUUGAUCCAUAUGCCAAAAUAAUAUCCUUUUUAAUUAA